GGCGAGAGAGGGAGAGAGAGGGAGAGAGCGAGCGAGCGCGAGGGAGGCAGAGUCGGGCGUGAGGCGAGCGGCGGCAGAGCGGAGGAAGCUACUGAUUGCCUAGAAAUUCAGAGUGUGAGAAGUCUGGCUGAUCAAGUUGGAAUUCCUUGUUUUGCCAAGAGCCUUUUCACAGUUGCCUUUUGCAAAAUCUUUGGACGCUCCCCAUUGUGCCAUGUUUUGUGGCUCUUCCUGUAAGAGGAAUUUGUCUUGAUGAAGAUUCCUAACAUUGGUAAUGUGAUGAAUAAAUUUGAGAUCCUUGGGGUUGUAGGUGAAGGAGCUUAUGGUGUUGUACUUAAAUGCAGACACAAGGAGACACAUGAAAUUGUGGCUAUCAAGAAAUUCAAAGACAGUGAAGAAAAUGAAGAAGUCAAAGAAACCACUUUACGAGAGCUUAAAAUGCUUCGCACUUUGAAACAGGAGAACAUAGUGGAGCUGAAGGAAGCCUUCAGAAGAAGAGGAAAAUUAUACUUAGUUUUUGAAUAUGUGGAAAAAAAUAUGCUAGAAUUGCUAGAAGAAAUGCCAAAUGGAGUUCCACCAGAAAAAGUGAAAAGCUAUAUCUAUCAGCUAAUUAAAGCAAUUCAUUGGUGCCAUAAGAACGAUAUUGUUCAUAGAGAUAUCAAGCCAGAGAAUCUCUUAAUAAGCCACAAUGAUGUUCUGAAGUUGUGUGACUUUGGCUUUGCUCGUAAUCUCUCUGAAGGAAGCAAUGCUAACUAUACAGAAUAUGUGGCUACCAGAUGGUACCGCUCACCUGAACUCUUGCUUGGAGCUCCUUAUGGGAAGGCUGUGGAUAUGUGGUCUGUAGGCUGUAUCCUUGGAGAGCUGAGUGAUGGGCAGCCCUUGUUUCCUGGCGAGAGUGAAAUUGACCAGCUCUUUACCAUUCAGAAGGUGCUAGGCCCACUGCCUGCUGAGCAGAUGAAGCUCUUCUAUAGCAACCCACGCUUCCAUGGCUUGCGGUUCCCAGCAGUCAAUCAUCCACAGUCUUUAGAAAGAAGAUACUUGGGAAUUUUAAGUGGUGUAUUGCUUGAUCUUAUGAAGAACUUACUGAAGUUAGAUCCAGCAGAUAGAUAUUUGACAGAGCAAUGUUUGAACCAUCCUUCGUUUCAAACCCAAAGACUCUUGGAUCGCUGUGGAAGCUCACCUUCGCGGUCAGCUAAGAGAAAACCUUACCAUGUCGACAGCAACACAUUAUCCAACAGAAAUCAAGCCAGCAAAAGUUCUGCUUUGCAGUCACACCACAGAUCAAACAGCAAAGAUAUACAGACACUAGGGGUCGGCGGGCCAAGAGAAGAGGGUCUUCCAGCAAAUGAAAGCUUUUUAAAUGGAAACCUUCCUGGAGCUUCACCUAGUCCAAUGCAUGCAAAAAAAUCAAGCAACACACCUGCAUCUGGCAACAAGGAUCUAGCCAAUAAUAACAUGCCACAUCUUCUCAGCCCAAAGGAAACAAAAGGAAAAACAGAGUUUGAUUUUAAUGUGGACCCAAAAAGUUCUGAUGGUCCAGGCACAAAGUACCUGAAGUCUAACACCAGAUCUCAGCAGAACCGGCACUCAUUUAUGGAAACUUCUCAGAGCAAAACUGGGACACUACAACCUGGCGAUAAGCACAGUCGCCACAGCUAUAUUGAUACUAUCCCACAAUCUUCUAAGAGUCCUUCGUAUCGGACAAAGUCAAAGAGCCAUGGGGUUCUGACAGACUCCAAAUCCGUGGGCAACCUUUCUGAGGCUAGGGCCCAAGCUGCAGAACCAAACAGCAGUAGGUAUUUUCCAUCCAGCUGUAUGGACUUGAACUCUCCUACCAGUCCAACUGCUCCCCGACACAGCGAUAACAGAACUUUGCUCAGUCCAUCCGGGAGGAAUAACCGCAGCGAGGGUACCCUGGAUACCCGAAGACCAUCAACAAGACACUCCAAAACAAUGGAGGAGUUAAAACUGCCAGAUCACAUGGAUGGAAGCCAUUCCCACUCUCUUUCUGCCCCACAUGAAUCUUUUUCCUAUGGGCUAGGUUAUACCAGUCCUUUUUCUUCACAGCAGCGCCCUCAUAGACACUCUAUGUAUGUGAGCCGGGACAGAGUGAGGUCAAAGGGCUCAGAGGGUGGCUUAAGCAUAGGGCAAGGGAUGGCAGCCAGAGCAAACAGCCUGCAACUGUUAUCUCCACAGGUGCAGCAUAAGUCACUCACAAGAUCUGUUGGCUCAUCACGAGAAGACUGUACGGAAGAUACUAAUAGGGGUGGAGCAUAUCAUGAUCCACACACAGAAGAUGGAGCAUCUACUAAAGAAAAUAGAAUUCUGUAUAAUGACCCUGUUCCGAGAAGAGUUGGCAGCUUUUACAGAGUUCCAUCUCCACGUCCAGAGAGUACGUACAUAGAAAACAAUGUGUCAAACAGAGCCUCUGUGUUACCAGCAGACAGCAGCACGGUGGCAAACCACUCAAAGAGACAAACCACCUUUGAUACCUGGAAAAGUCCUGAAAACCUUAACAGUCACUCAGAACAGCUCAAGGAGAAAGAAAAGCAAGGUUUUUUCAGGGCAAUAAAAAAGAAAAAGAAGAAAUCUCAAACGACAGACUCAACCAGCGGGGAGAAUCCAAGCAUCAAGAAAUCCCUCUUUCCUCUUUUUAAUUCAAAGAAUAAUUUAAAGCAUAGUUCCUCUUUGAAAAAGCUUCCUGUAGUCACUCUACCCAUGAUGCCUAGCACUGAUGGUCAGGAUCUCUUGGCAUUACAGAAAGCCAUUCAUUCUUCUAAUCAUCAGAGCGGCAGGCAGAAGGAUUGGCAUCCUGAGAAGAUGACAGAAAUCCAACCUCAUAGCCAGCCAUUAAAGUCUCUCCGAAAGCUCUUACACCUCUCCUCUUCAAAUCAUCCUGUCCCUGCUGAGCCUCGCUUCCAGCCCUUACCAAGUCAGCCAGCCAAAGCUUCUUUUUCUGAAGCACGAAUUCACCCUAUGAGUCAAAGCUCGAGCAGUGGCAGCAGCAAUGUGCGGCAAGAGGCUCAGCCGAAAAGCAGGCCGACGCUGCAGAUACCGAGCCAGCUGGAACCUACCUGGCAUGUCUCCCCGGUGAAUAGGAGCGCGAGUGAUGGGCCUCCCUACUCCGAUCAGCUGCCUUCCAAGAGCGGACAGAACGGGCACACAUAUAACAGACCAAACCGAUCGCGAAUGCCAAAUCUGAAUGAUUUAAAAGAGACAGCCUUGUAAUUGCACUCUAGAAAAUAGGCCAGUUCAGGUGGAGAUCAGCGUUAGGGAGUGGUGGUGGUUCUGGUGAUGGUAAGACCGCAUUUUCAGCUUUAUAAAGGUGUGCAAUAUGUACAUGUGGAGCUGCUCUGUUUGGCACCACAGUGAGAGUCAGGGAUUAUACAGUAAAACAAGUUGAAUUAUGAAUUACCAGUCAUCAGAAAUGUUGCUGGAUGCCAGGCAGAAUGUGCCGGUCAGGGAGAAAAAUGCAUUGCCGUUUUCUCUCAUUUACAUUCCAGCUUAGUGCACAUCUCUGUCUGAAAGCUGGGAGACUUAUGGUAUAUAUUGGCACUUAUAAGGGUGAAAACAUUCAUGUCUAGACCUAUGCCCUUACUACUUUUUUUGCUGCCUAGUUAAAACAGUGGGGUUUAUGUGAUAAAAGUGUAUCCCUUUUAAGGGUUUAAAGUUAAAUUCUAUGUCUUAAAUUUGUUUUUUAAACUUCCAUAUUUGAUAGGAUUUGUAAUAUUUAUUUAUGAUGACCUAAUAUCGUACUGUUAUAAUCAUAUCUUUUAUGUUAUAAUGUAAAGUUAUUUUGAGCUGUUUGAAACAUUGUGAAGCAGUGCAACAGCUACCGUAGUUUCUAUAAAAAAACUAACAGUAACAUUUAUAUAUUGCAUCAGGAGUAUUUUAUUCUAUAUAUAAAUAUAUAUAUAAAUGGGAAAUAACUGUCUGUUUUUUAAAUAUACUCAUUUAAGAGAAAAGUAUUGUUAUGACACUAUCUGCCAUAUUUUUAUACAUUUGUGAUAUAAAGUGCAGUAUUAUACUUCUAAUAAAAGGAAGUUGAGUGUGGAUAUAAAAGUGACUGUAACAGUAUGAAUCUUGCUCAGCUAUGAGAGCCCAAUAUUAUAGGCAUUACUGGUAACUAACAAAAGACAACAUUCAAUUUCAAGCUUUAUUAUGGGCUAUUUUGUUGGAAUUAUUGGCUAAAUGUAAGAGACUGCAGAACUGUACAGAAAUCUAAACGUGGUGUGUUCUCCUCUGUGUCCUUAGCUUUCCCAGUAAUAUUAAUGGGAUUUCUGCAUCUGCAUCAAGAGCACAGAGCCCCAGUACCAAAUUUUUGUUUCCUCUGAAGAGAUAAAGUGCCCCGUGACUACAAGCUAAAGCAGGUGCUUUCUUCCACUUAAUAACAGGGGUGAAAACCAAAGAAGCAUAGCAUGAAUUACAAGUGAAAUGCAGAACUUUGACACUUACGCAUAGCAUGGCACUGCAAAUCAUGGUAUAAGCUUUUAUGCAUAUGUGUAUUUUACAUCUUGUUUAGCAAUCUAUUAACUAAUAAGAUAAACACUGUAUUUAAAUUUAAACUACUCUUGCACUUUUUAUUAUAUUUCAGGAUGUAUUUAAAGCUACACAUCUGAUAUUCGGAUAUUGAGGGAGAAGGUUGCCAUGCAGCUUAAUUUCUCUUUAGGUCUUACUAUCCAUAUAUUCCCGUACACAGUUCAGUUACCAGUCUCAGCAAAAUACUGGAUCUUAGGUUCCAGUCUCCUGUACAUCAUUGUUAAAACUGCCUUUACAUUGGUGAAUGUCGAGUGUAGCGUAUACGCAACCCAAUUCCUCUGUUGCUACCAUGGAACUAAAUCAAACGUGAGCCAGUAAGAGUCAAAAGAGUUAUGCUAGUCUAAACUUUGUGCAAUAAGAGGAGGUCAGGCCUGUAGUGUCAGAACAAUACAAUCUUUACUUUUUAAAGACAGUAGUUCAACUCCCUCAUUAGUCCGCUGCAUAGUUUGUUUUCUAGAUGCAGCCUUCAUAAAACACUUGUACUUGCAAAUACAUUGUUUUUUUCCCAAAAAGAGAUCAACCUGAAUGUAAAUCUGAUGAUUUAGCCAUAGAUGUAGUUAACAGAAGCAGCCAGGCAGAAAGAGCUGAACUACCUGCUUGGAUAACAAUGCAGAUUGGACAUGCUGUUUAGUACCUCUCGAAUCAUACCAAAGUCAUACCAACAGCGAAUUUGGCACCACUACUCUAAAAACCUUUGUCAAAAAAUACAUUAUGGAAGGAUGUUGUGUCAGCUUUGUCCCAGGCUAGAAGUCAGUCUAGUAAAUUUGAAAAAUUACAAAAUAAUAAUUAUUUCUUUGUCAAUUGCCUGCAAGGGAUGUGCAUGUGAUUUUCUAUAGAUAUAUAUGGUACAUGAUCUAGAUAUAUAUGAUAUAUACUGUGUUGGUAUAUCAUAUAUAUAGCAUAUAUGAAUACAGUAGACAUGAAAGGGUUUUCAGUUUUUUAUGAGUUCAGUGGGCAUCCAGGAAAAGACAUUGUGAUACUUACUAGUCAUCACUAUCAGAGUUUAGCAACAUAUUUUAGCAAUCCCUUUUGGAUUCACCAGCUGGUCAAAGCUAGAUUAGUCCUGUUCUCUGUUUUGAAAUGGGCUGAUGCUACUGAAAUCCAUCAUAAAAGCAGUGUCCAAGAGUGGGGCUCUAAGCAGUACUAUUUGAAUGUCUCCGAGGGAGGAUUCAGACUGGACUCUUCUGUUCUUUGUGCAUACGUAUCCUUUUGCCUCUGAAAGACAUUUAGCUUGCUGGAAAGAGCUUUGUACUGGGGAUGAUGAUACUGGGCUGUGUGUGUGUCUGUUCUGAUUUCUAGCAAGCGAAAAUGUUUCCAAAGGAUUCUUUCUCUCAGUACCCAUUACGUUAAAUCAGAGAAAUUUCUCUGACUGUACAUAGAGCUGUUUAAAGUAGCUAGCAAAGCUUCAAGGGUGAACCAAGGAAUGUUCAAGUAUUUGGUGGCCCAUAUUUACAGAAAGUUGUUUCUACUUCAUACUGCAAUUUCUUCUCACGUUGAACAAACUGUGGUAGAUUUCAGUUGAAUACUAAAUAUUGUUGAAUGUAUGUAGUAUUUUCUUCCUUAUGCUGGAAUGAACUUCCAGCAGUUCGGCCAGCUGGUGCUGGGAUAAAUUGUGUAUUUUUAACCUGAUAUAACUUCCCAAUAUUUAGAAUAUUGCUAAUGUAAUUUUGCCAAGACUUCCAAAGGAGUCUUAUAGUGACUGAUAUUUGCUGGCUCAAUAAAGGGGAAGAGAAUUACAGAGCAAAUGACUUUGUAAGUGUGAGCUUUCCUUUUCACUGAUCUGUGAGUCUUGUGCUACAUGUUCUAUAGAUUUACUUAGUAUUAAGUAUUGUAGUUAACCUGAAUUUUAUUCUUUGGCAAUCUGUUUUGCUUGAUGGCAUCACUAAUGAUGUGAAUAGAAAAGAAACUAAGUUUCAGAAGUGAAUUAUAGUCAUUUUGCAGAACUCAAGCUGCCUAAACUUGUCUGUAUGUUUUUACUAUAGCUCUUGAGCUCUUGUUAACUGAAAAAGAAGCACCUUAAGCUCAUCUUAACUGAAACUGUAUACGUGUUUAAGCUGUCCUUUUAAACUGUCAUGUAAAUGUAUUAACCUAAAGCAACAUAUUUUUUUUCAACAGGCCUGACCACAGCAAACAGUCCCUUAGAGCUAUUUAAAACUUUUUGCUCCAUUUAUCACAGCCCAAGAUUCACUGCUCCUCUCAGAGGCUGCCAGCACAGAGCACUGGGCAGAGUUCUUGGCAGGAAGUCAGCAAUCUCAGAUUCAGUCCCUUCUUCCUAAAAUGCUUUCCAUCCCACCAGACUUGGACUGACCCCAAGCUUUGAUUUCUGACACCAAAUCAGACCCACCUAAAUGUGUGGGUUCUGACACUAUUCUGUUUACAGAUACUUGCUCUUUUAGAUCAAUAUUAAAGCAGGCUUCAAACUUCAACUUCCAAAUGCCUGAGACACUGUCGGGCCGUCCCUAGGUUUGUUGCCUUUCUCUCUGGUACAUCUACUUGUUUCUGGAAGCAAAGCCUGAGUGAUUCUUCAAGAAGCAGUGUCCUGUGAUAGGCUUUUAGCCAUUCUUUGUCAUUGCAGUUAGGUCUCUUAACAGAUGAUUCUUACUAAUAUAAAAAGCUACUUACCAACUUUCUUUUUUCUUCAAAAGCUGCUGUUGCUGUUAGCUGAGUAGGCUCCUAUGUUCACCCAGGUAUGACGUCUUAACAAUUCAGUACUGUGGAACCUCCCGUAUGAGAAAGGGAACAGAUUGUAUAGCUCCGAAAGCACUGUUUUGAUCUAUUUAGCUAAGGUGAAACCCAGCCGCUUUUGAGGGGAACUAUGCUCUAGAAGUGUUUGGUGGUUUUAUUCCUGUUUCAGUUCUUUGUUGUCUUAUAAUGAUAGUGAGGUAUGCUUCAAAAAUAUCUGCAUCAAAUUAAUUCUCUGUGUUGAACACUGUCAGAGUAGAGUUGGGAGACUAUUUGUAUCCCAGUAACACAAAGAGUGUGACAAGGAUAGCCAUAUAUAAUUUACUGCAAGUUGUGGGGUGGCAAUGAAUGUUUCUUUUUUCCAUUCCAGAUAGCAUACAUAAUACAUCUGUUAAUGGGGUUAUAUCAUAAACCAUGCAUCUGGGCUGUUGUUCAUGUCAGUAGGCCCACCAUUUGAAGUAGGAGUGUCACAGAAGAUUGGAAAGGUGAUGUGCCCUAUUGAACCAUUUUUAAAUGAUCUUCAAAUCAGCACACCAUUUAAGAACAGGUGCCUUUCCCUACACAGCCCUCACUAAUGGUGUUGUGAUGUUACCCAUUCAUUAACUGGGUUUGUAGUGAAUGAGGAAAAAAGCCAUUUAACUUCUGGCCUUUGUUAAAAAGGGAGCAAUUUGAGUACCCUCUUUUAAUAUAAUGCAGCUUGGAAGUUCUAGAUGUUGGCUCCAUUUUCAAAGGGUGAAACAGCAGCAGUGCAUCAAUACUCAGGCUCAUCAGGCCUGAGUGAAGAUGGUGCAUAUCGCUUGGUUCAGAUGCUGUACUGAAGCAAGAUGUUUCCAUUCCGUAAUCAUGAAGCAAAUUUCACGAAAAUUAAGCACAGCAAAUUUUAUAGGAGAUCUUCUUUCAAUGGGAAGAGAAAAGCUGUGGCAGGUCAUCUGUUCUCUCUGUAGUCUGUAUUAACAACUACCGCAUGAGACAGCAUAGGUAAAUCGGAUGGAUUAGGUCUGAAUUUUACUUGCUCCAAGUUCUACUUGGAUGCUUAUUUGUUAACUUGUGUACCAAUGUUUUGGUGCAAAAGUUGGCUUUUGACAAAUGAAGUGGAAGAUGCAUGACAUGUGAGAGAACCAGCCCUGCUAUGUUUGGGUGCUUUCGUUCCCCCCAAAACCAGAUAGUUUCUCAGGCUCCUUUAGAAUGUAACUCAAAAUAUGCAGCCAGGCAAAAGUGACUUUUAAGACAUGGCUCAGCCACUCAAAAAUUUGUGACUUCAGCUAAGAGUGACUCGACUUGUCUUCUCUGCAAGUCAAUCUACCUCCUCUCUCUUGCAGAAUGUGUUUGAGGUUCAGUUUGUUUGUUCCAAGCUUAUUAUUGACUCCAAAUUUUGAAGAGACAUAUAAAAAGAUUCUUCCUCUAGGUACUGUUAGCAACCAAGUAAUAAAAUCUUGAUGGGCCUUCAUCUGAUUGAUCUACUUUUGAGACCUCCAAGCCAUCUGAGCUCUCCCUCUAGGAUCCCAAUGCCAUCCUUUGCACUGCUUUGCAGUCUUCCCUCGCCCUUCCCUUUGCGGUUCUCAAAUAUUGCAGUUGCCUUGUUCUUUGUUGUUUCUCUAGUGCAGAUUAUCAGGGAGUUAGAGGCCUUAUCUACUACUCCACCCUGUUUGCUGUUUUAUUCAAACAGCUAUCCUUAGACUUGCUCAGGAUUUUCUUCAUUUUAAUUUUCCAUUUCAUCUGGGUGAGAUACCUUACCUCGUUGUGCCCCCACCAAAACACGCUGCCUACCAGGCGUUUUGUACCACCAGGUCUCUGUUUUCACAGGGCAUUGUUUCUCUGGAUCCAUUCUGAGAAAUGCAAGGUGGCAUCUUAAUUGUACAGGCGUAGAACUGCGUUGUGAAGUAACUGCUUUCAUAGAGCUUUCCAUUAGCAACACUAAAGCAUGUUCAUAGCACAAGAUGGAAGCAGCUAUUCAAGUUUCCUGUAGGAUACGAACCUCUGUGUAAACUCUUGAUGUGUAAAUCCAAUGGCAGAGCUUUUAACUGUUUAGUAACAAGGCAGAACUUUUAAGUGUAGGUAACUUUUUCUUUUUUUUUUUUUUGCUAGUGCACACCUUAGGCUUCUACUACUGAAGGAUCUAUCUAAUCAAAAGGAGUAACACUUAUAUACAUUUGGUUUAUAUGGAACAAUAAACUAAAAUCUUCCAUGAAACCAUGCUUCUGUUGGAAAUUCUAUGCAGGCUUUUUAAAAUCUGGUUAAUUUGCUAAGGACUUCCAGGACUGCUUAGAUCUCCACUGUGAAAUGCUGAAUUCUGAAUUCAUGUCAUUUGGGAGAAGGAAGGAGGAACAAGGUUUAGAAAAAUGUGAUCUAUUUUCACAAUCUGCCAAUACAGACUAUUCCAAAAAUAACAGGCUGGGGAGGUAGCUUUCAAAACUUCUAAAUUUAUGGAUAAGAUUACCCGAUGGUUUUUAACAGCUACUAGAAAUCUAAAGCGCACAAACUUUUAAAUCUACCAUGCUUUCUGUUGUGGAAGGGAUGUGAUGUGGUGUUAACCUUUUUAAUCCUAGAAUACAAAUUGAUUUUAAAAUGUGUUGAAUAUUUAAGGAUGACUUCAUGCAAGUUAAUAAACCAUUUGUAAAGUGUUUGUAUACAACCCUUUGUAUUAUGUUGUUGGUACACCUUACCAAAUUUUUUUGGGGCAUGUAUUCCAUUCUUAACUUCUGUACAAUUUCUAUUGUUCCUGUAAAUAUUCUAAAAGAGAAAAAAAAAUUCCAGUGGUAACCUAAUUAUCAGCAUGGAAAUGGUUAAUUUUUACUGAGCACAAUGUAUUUUUGAAUGGGCCUUCCAAAAUAUGUCUUUAAUAAAAAUGCAGAUUUUGCACUAGAAC